UCCAGAAUAACACCUCGAUGGCUCUAAGCACUACUAUAAUCAGAGCCAGUCCAACUCCUCCAGUGGAACCGUUUGAUAAUGUAAAUGUUCUGAGUUCUUCAAAGAGUCCAGAGCCUCUUUGCCAUUCUGAAAUUCCAGGCCUCAACAAAAAGACCUCUGAACUGGGCUCACAUAGCCAAAGUGACUUCCGUAAAGACUAUGGAAAUGAAUACUCUAAGGGCAACCGCCAGUCUGAGCCUGGGCCGAGGUUGUACGCUCAAGUGGAUUCUGGGUACUCAAGCAAGCUGAACAUUCAGCAUCCAUCUGGGGCAGCCUCAGAACAGGCACACCAAGCGUUGCCUCAUGUCUUGGGGUCUGGAUCUUGUUUUGGGGCUGCGGAUGACUUUGCAUAUGGUUCCCAACUGGCACAGCAGUAUCUGAGCUCAGAGGGGCCUCUACAUGCUCCUCCCUAUCAGAUUGGAGGGCCAUCUGGUUUGUAUGGAGUAUCUGCUGCAGUGCCUGCAGCAAACCCAUCUAUGGGACAUAUGCAUGUACCUGGGCAUACAAGUCUUCAGUCUGGUUACCUGAACUCUGGUCAACAACAUCCACCUCAGUAUCCAGUCAAUAAGAAUUAUGGACAGCCAAGUGUUGGGUCAUGGGCUGCACGAGAUCUUGCAGACCUUAGAAUUCAAGUGAUGGUUCCAAAUGAGCUGAAGUUUCCCAGUUCUUGCUGUGUGGGAAUUGCCUCUCAGACGUCCCUCAACAUCUUCAACCCCUCUGAGCGCUGGCAGCAAGUUUCAAUCUCCAUCACAAGCCUAUCCAUUGAUGGAGAGAAG